UUCUUGGCAGCCUUCUACCACUGCUCUUUUGAUUUCUUCAGCCUUCCAAAACCGUAUAGCAUAUUUUGACUAUAGUUUUCGUCGAACGACUUCGAAGAUUCAAGCACGAAAGAAACAAAAUGUAUUUUAACCAAGAUCACCCGGUGACAGUUCGAAUCACGCAUCGAUUGGUUCCCGUUGGUUUCCCGUGUUCGCCACAGAAUGUCGUGUCCCAGGUCAAACUCGGGGUGCUUUCCUCCAUCCUUAGCUUUCAACUCUAUUACUCGACAUUAGAUGAAUAUCAUGCCGAUGCCGAUGUUAGCCUUCCGAAACCGUUUUCUCUGUCUUCUGACGCUCAGCCUCGCCCUUCUCACGUCGGUCUUUGGGCAGAGUCAGCCGCCUAGUGUUACGCUCGAUUACGGAACUUUCAUUGGUGUUAAAGAUACAACCACGAAUAUCACUUCUUACCGGGGUGUACGCUAUGCAGAUGCUCCAACCGGUGGUUUACGUUGGCGGGCUGCAGUCUCUCCUCCUUCGAAAAAUUUAGGCACGGUCAACGCUACAAAGUUUGCAAACACGUGUAUUAUGAAUAGUAUAAUCACAGCAGGAAGCGCAGAGGAUUGUUUAUUCGGUAACCUCUACAUUCCAGCAGUCUCGGGAUCCUCGACGCCAUUGCCUGUACUGGUAUGGUUCCACGGCGGCGGAUUCGUCUCAGGCUCUAGUCACGAUGCCAAUCCCGUCCCAAUUUUCGCUACGACGCGUGAACCGAUGAUUUUGGUAUCGUUUGAGUAUAGAUUGGGUCCGUUUGGGUUCUUAGCUGGAUCCGCUAUCAAAAAUGAUGGACUGCCGAAUGCUGGGCUUCACGACCAACGAACGGCUUUACGAUGGGUGCAAAGAUAUAUCGGGAAGUUUGGUGGGGAUCCGAGCCGAGUCACGAUCUGGGGAGAGUCCGCUGGAGCUGGAUCAACAAUGUUUCAUCUUCUAGCCAACGACGGAAAUCCUGAAGGCCUGUUCCGUGCGGCGAUUGGAGACAGUCCUUCACUCAAUCAGAUGCCUAGCACGACAGAUGAUUUCCUAGAGACACUUUUUCGUGCCUUUGCUACUGCUGCAGGAUGCAACGACCUAAGCCUCUCCUGCCUCCGAUCCUCAAACAUUGCCACCUUAGCAUCUGCAGGCGCGAAAGUCAUCCAAUCGCGUCCGGCGACACUCUUUCUCUUUGCACCUCACUUCGACGGGGAGUUUAUCACGAACAGGCCUGUUGAGGGGUUUAGGAACGGGAAAAUUGCGAGAGUUCCGGUUAUCUUUGGAGCAAACACAAACGAAGGAGCCCACUGGUCCAGCACGAUCUCUGACCCGAACGCUAAUACUUCCAUGCCAAAUGCUACUCAAGACACGGUUUAUAAUUUUAUCGGAGGUCAAUACCCGAACUUUUCCAGGGAGAGUUUCAACGAAGCUGUAUCUUUGUAUCCACUCCAAGAGUUCAAUGGAUCCUUUGAACUACAGGGGCAACAGAUGUAUGGAGAGGCAAGGUAUAUCUGCACCGCUCAAAUGAUCGCUGCGGGAACUGCUGCAGUGAAUCGGAAUAGCUUCCAGUUCCACUACAACAACGGUCACCUGGGCUCAGAUCACUCCGCCGAGCUGGCAGCAUUCUGGGAUGGUGACCCCAGUGGGGCGGAUGUGAACGAUAGGAAGCUUUUCGAGGGAAUGAGGGAGUUCUGGUCGUCGUUCGUCACGUCAGGAACGCAACCGCAGUCGACAAUUGCGAAUUGGAAGAGCACGGAUAAAGAUGGGAUCCAACGCAUGCUACUCGACCCUUCCCGACCAGGGAUGGAGAAUAUCACACCAAAACAAGUGGAGAGGUGUACGUUUUGGCAUAGUAUUAGUGGGGAGAUCAAUACGUGAAGACCCUCGUCAAGAACAUUAGGACUGCUUUAUGAUUCGGAACUAAAAUCGGAC